ACACAAAAGUAUAAAAGCAUGAAAGUACACAUCUCAAGAGGGGAGAUGCGGGCGACACAUGUGCUCGGGCGACACAUGUGCUUGGCCAUGCGGGCACAAGCAGCACAUGGGCUCAGGCAGCAUAUGCGCCUCCAAAAUAAUUCUUUUGUGGUCCACACACUGCAGUUUAAGAGACACAAAUGUGAUCUAAAAGUCUUUAUAAGUUAGACUGCAAAUAAUUUUGAACAGUCUCAUGAAGUUACUCAUAUGAACGCAUGGUGGCAGUGUAGGCUAAGAGAGUGAAUGAAAAUUGGGUGGACUCCAUUUCCCUGAGAACCCUUGGAACAAUACAAAACACAUUUACCGCUGAAGCUCAGCUCAGCUCAGCAAGGCAGUCAUAGCAGGACAAGGCACUACAGUGAACUGGAAUUUCACUAAAAAAGGACAUAUCGACAUAUCGGAGGAUCUAUGCUGGACUUUGUGACCGAGUGUGGAAAAGGAUUUUUCUCCUGGAUUCAGGCAUAACAACAGAGAUGGCACCGACAAAAGCAUACUGCGUGAAAUGGCAAGUGGUGACCUUCAUUUUGUUGAUGCUUUGGUGGGAGGCAGAUUCAGAACCGAUUCAGUAUUCUGUAUUGGAGGAAACAGAAAGUGGCACGUUUGUGGCCAACUUGACAAAGGAUCUGGGACUCAGGAAGGGAGAACUGGCUGCACGGGGUGCCCGGGUUGUUUUCAAGGGGAACAGACAGCCUUUGCGGCUUAACCCACAAACCUAUGAUUUACUGUUAAAUGAGAAGCUGGAUCGUGAGGAGCUGUGUGGCUCCACAGACCCGUGUGUGCUACCCUUUCAGGUGUUGCUGGAAAAUCCCUUGCAGUUUUUUCAAGCUGCCUUGAAAAUUCAAGAUAUAAAUGAUCAUGCCCCAGAGUUCCCCACCAGAAAAAUGGUACUGAAAAUAUCAGAAAUUGCCUCACCUGGAAAAGUAUUUCCCUUGAAAAUGGCACAAGAUUUAGACACCGGCAGCAACAGCCUCCAGAGCUACAGAAUCAGCUCCAAUCUUCACUUCCACGUUUUUACCCAUCAUCGAAGUGAUGGUAGGAAACUCCCAGAACUGGUGCUGGAUAAGGCAUUGGACCGUGAGGAACAGUCCGAGCUCAGGCUAAUCCUAACAGCUCUAGAUGGUGGGUCUCCACCCAAGUCAGGGACCACAGAGAUUCAGAUUCUGGUACUGGACUACAACGACAAUGUCCCAGAGUUUGCACAGGAGCUUUAUGAGGCUCAGAUCCCUGAAAACACCCUUGCUGGCUCUCUGGUAAUCAAAGUCUCCGCGAAAGAUUUAGAUGCAGGACAUUUUGGGGAGAUCUCAUAUGCUCUAUUUCAAGCUGAUGGUGUUAAUCAACCCUUUGAAAUAAACCCAGUUACAGGAGAAAUCCGACUGAUGAGAAUGUUAGAUUUUGAAGAAUUUCAAUCUUAUCAUGUGGAUGUUGAGGCCACAGAUGGAGGAGGACUAUCAGGAAAAAGCUCUGUUCUCAUUAAGGUACUGGAUGUGAAUGACAAUGCCCCAGAAUUAACCAUGUCGUCUCUCAUCAGCCCCAUCCCUGAAAACGUGCCAGAGACUAUGGUGGCAGUGUUCAGUGUAUCAGAUGCAGAUUCUGGACAAAACCAACAAGUUAUUUGUUCUAUAGAUGAUAAUAUUCCCUUUCUUCUAAGACCCUCCGUGGAGAAUUUCUACACCUUGGUCACAGAAGGAGCACUGGAUCGAGAGAGCCAGGCGGAGUACAACAUCACCAUCACAGUGACAGACAUGGGCACCCCCAGGCUGCAAACACAGCACACCAUCACAGUGCUGGUGUCAGACGUGAACGACAACGCCCCUGCCUUCAGCCAGCCCUCCUACACCCUGCUGGUGGGCGAGAACAACAGCCCCGCCCUGCACAUUGGCAGCGUGAGCGCCACCGACCCCGACGAGGGCAGCAACGCCCAGGUCACCUACUCGCUGCUGCCGCCCCAAGACCCGCAGCUGCCGCUCGCCUCGCUGGUGUCCAUCAACGCCGACAACGGGCAGCUGUUCGCGCUGCGCUCGCUGGACUUCGAGGCCGUGCGCGCCUUCGAGUUCGGCGUGGGCGCGUGGGACCGCGGCUCGCCCGCGCUCGGCAGCCAGGCGCGCGUGCGCGUGCUGGUGCUGGACCGCAACGACAACGCGCCCUUCGUGCUGUACCCGCUGCAGAACGCGUCGGCGCCCUGCAGCGAGCUGGUGCCCAGGGCGGCAGAGGCGGGCUACCUGGUGACCAAGGUGGUGGCGGUGGACGGCGACUCGGGCCAGAACGCCUGGCUGUCGUUCCAGCUGCUCAAGGCCACGGAGCCCGGGCUCUUCAGCGUGUGGGCGCACAAUGGCGAGGUGCGCACUGCGCGGCCGCUCAGCGAGCGCGACGCGCCCAAGCACAGGCUGCUGGUGCUGGUCAAGGACAAUGGCGAGCCGCCGCUGUCGGCCAGCGUCACGCUGCACGUGCUGCUGGUGGACGGCUUCUCGCAGCCCUUCCUGCCGCUGCCCGACGCGCCUGCCGACGCGCCUGCGGACGACCGCCUCACCGUCUACCUGGUGGUGGCCUUGUCCUGCGUGUCGUCGCUCUUCCUCUUCUCCGUGCUGGCCUUCGUGGCCGUGCGCCUGUGCAGGCGGCCUGGCCCUCCCGCGGGGGGCCCCUACCCGCUGCCCGACGCGCACUUCCCUGGACACCUGCUGGAUGUCAGUGGCGCUGGGACCCUGUCGCACAGCUACCAGUAUGAGGUGUGUCUGGCGGGGGGCGCUGGCACCAAUGAGUUCAAGUUUCUCAAGCCCAUUCUGCCCACCUUCCCGCUGCAGGACACUGGCGAAGUAGCAGAGGAAAACCCCACCUUUAGGAAUAGCUUCCCAUUCAGUUAAGUAUUGUAUUAUCUUACUAAACUGUAUUGUGUUUUGAUCUCUCUCUCUCUCUCUCUCUCUCUCUCUCUCUCUCUUGUUUUUUUUUUCUGGCUACACCCUGCUGUGUGCUGUGCUGAGGACUUUGUCCUGGUUCUUUUCUUAAUGAAUAUAGGCUGCGUGGAAAGCUGGAGCCCUACCUGCUAUUCGGAUAUCUCCUGAAUAUCUUAUAUACUAAAGCUACAUGAAUCAAUUAGCUUUAUAGGUCUAUUUUUAAUUCUAUCACCACUGCUUCUUAAGAGUGAAACAAUACAAAAUCAAGCCUGGGUAUAUUUUCCAAUAUUUUGCUGGUAGUUUUAAAAUGUUUGUCUCCCAAAACACUGACAAUCUGAAUAAAAACUAAGUUUUAUUUGAGAAAUUAAACAUUUUAGACUUUUAAAAAUGGGAAUUGUUCUAUAGAACAAUGGGUAGGGUGCUUGCAUUGUCUGAGACAGACCCAGGUUCAAUGUUCUAAAUUCCAUAAGGUCCCUUCUGCCCCACCAGGAGUAAUUUAUGGGCACAUAGCCAGGAGUCACCCCUGAGAAUACCAGGUGUGACCCAGAAGCAAAAAAGUUUAAAGAAGUUUAAUCAUGUAUUCUUUUUACAAAAUUGUUGGAUUAUAUUAUGUAAGGACUUAAUUUAUUAAGGAUAUAUUUCAAAAUGAAUUUGUAUUUCAAGCUUUUGAUUACAACCUUCAUCAUCACAUUUUCUUUUUAGGGAAAUUAUCAGAAUAUUAGUGAUGCUGUUUAGAAGUCCAAUGCACUAUCCAUUGCGCAACAGAGCCACCUUAGUGAUGCUAUUUAAUCUGCAAAUUUCAAUUGCGUGUUUGAGGAACUCCUUCAAUCUUAAAAACCUGGAGAUGAACAGUAAUUGUAUCUAAGUGCUAAGAAAGCUUUUCUAUUAAUGUGUAUUUCAGUAUGCCAUAGGAGAAAAUACUUUCAAUGAUAUAUAUUUGACAAAUGUAGGACAUUUAGUUUGUGAGUUUUCAUAAGAAUGUCAAAUGAGGGCCAGAAAAAAUAGUACAUGAGAGUACAGAGGUUAAGGUUCUUGCUCUGCAUGUUGCAGUGCCAGGUUCAAUCUCUGGCACCAUCAGGAGUGAUCUCUGAAUACAGAUCCAGGAGUAAUUUCUGAGCACCACGAGUUAUGCCCUCCCCACAAAGUCAAUAAUAUUUAGUUAGUGAUCAACAUUCAAAUAGUUAAAAAUAAGUUUCAAAGAAUACAGAAAUGCUAAUAUACUUUCUGCAAUCUAUUACCAUUGCCAAAAAAGAGAAAUGAUUCAACAUCACUCUUUUAUUGUCCUUCUUGACAAAAACAAACCACAUCAGGGAUGUAGCUUAGUGGUAGAACACAUAUACUUUGCUUUUAGGUUUUAUGUGUAUGAAGCCCUGGGCUCAGUCCCUGGUGCCUCCCACCAUGAUAUAUAAAAAAAUGAAACAACAGAAAAGCACUUUCCACUGACUUUAAACUAUGUGACAGCAUACAACGUGCUUUUAUCUCCUUACCUUUGCCUAAUAAUUUGAAAGUUAAAAGGUAUUGUUUAAUCCAACCCCAUCAAAAAAAUGGGGCGAAGAAAUGAACAGAAACUUUACCAAGGAAGAAAUACGAAUGGCCAAAAGGCACAUGAAAAAGUGCUCUACAUCACUAAUCAUCAGAGAGAUUCAGAUCAAAACAACCAUGAGAUACCAACUCACACCACAGAGACUAGCACACAUCCAAAAGAACAAAAGCAACCACUGUUGGAGAGGAUGUGGGGAGAAAGGGACCCUUCUACACUGCUGGUGGGAAUGAAUGCCAACUGGUUCAGCCCUUCUGGAAAACAAUAUGGACGAUUCUCAAAAAAUUAGAUAUUGAGCUCCCAUUUGACCCAGCAAUACCACUGCUGGGAACAUAUUCCAGAGAGGCAAAAAAGUAUAAUUGAAAUGACAUCUACACAUGUAUGUUCAUCGCAGCACUGUUUACAAUAGCCAGAAUCUGGAAAAAAACCCGAAUGCCCUAAAACGGAUGACUGGCUGAGGAAACUUUGGUACAUCUAUACAAUGGAAUACUAUGCAGCUGUUAGAAAAAAGGAGGUCAUGAAUUUUGUAUUUAAGUGGUUCAGCAUGAAAAGUUUCAUGCUGAGUGAAAUGAGUCAGAAAGAGAGAGACAGAUGUAGAAAGAUUGCACACAUCUAUGGUAUAUAGAAUAACAGAGUGGGAGAGUAACACCCAAGAAUUGUAGAAAUAAGUACCAGGAGGUUGACUCCAUGGCUUGGAGGCUGGCCUCACAUUCUGGGGAAAGGGCAACUCAGAGAAGGGAUCACCAACUAUAAUGCAGUCAAAGGCCAUGUGGGGGAAGGGAGUUGCGGGCUGAAUGAGGGCUAGAGACUGAGCACAGUGGCCACUCAACACCUUUAUUGCAAACCACAACAGCUAAUUAGAGAGAGAACAGAAGGGA